CUAUUAGAAAACCUGCAGUAUAUUCAGAGGCAGUAUAAGUGACUGUGGAAUGCCUCAAGGGUGACAGAAAUCAAAUAGAAACAAGGAUCUACUCAAUCCUUGAGUGAUGAUGGAGGCGCAUUUCAAGUACCAUGGAACUCUCGCUGGAUGGACCCAUUUCCCCACCCCAGCAACAGAGGUUAACACUACGUUAGAUAAGUAUUCCAACCUGUACAUAUAUGUGGGCUUAUUCUUGAGCCUCCUGGCCAUUCUCCUCCUCCUGCUCUUCAUAAUGCUCCUUCGGCUCAAACAUGUCAUUUCACCCAUCAAUUCCGAGAGCAUAGAAAGUGUUCCUGAAUUCACAGAUAUAGAGAUGCAGAGUCAAAUCCCCUCUUAUUGAAGCCAGGAUGAAGAGUUUUAGUGGACAUCAGAAAACCCCUGUAUGUUGAUGUUAGGGAAGCUUACUUUGUUGCAUGUAGCUUCCCAUGUAGGGAAUCCAUGAGGUCUUCAUUUAACAAAAAGUUGUGUUUUCUAUGUGUUAUUCUUUAUCUUGACUCUGUUUGUGGGAUAACUAAGGUUUAAUACUUGUUCUUUGCCAGGAAUAUAAAAAACGGCAGCUGGUGGGAGGGCAGGUUUCUAUAGUAACCAAAGACAGCCAGGGCCUUGAGCAAACCUCAGACCACAAAAAUUCAUAUGCAGCUGUUAUAAAAACACAGGAUUCCUGGAAGCUCCAAGAACAAGGAAAAUUUGCCUUCAAAGGGGUUGAUUGUUCAAAGAAGGUACCCCAAGAAAAGGAGAAAUUUUAAUUUAGUACUUGGAUCCUAAAGAAUCACUUCUGCUGGCAUGAAACUAAAUCAUGUCAGAAGUUCAUGGACAGCACCACGAGCCCUUCCCCAAAGGAACAGUGAUUUUUAUCAUCUAAGGCCAUUGGGUUUGAACCAAAUGAA